AUGGUAUUGCAGCAACAAUACCGUGAAAAGGGUUUAAAGAAAUAUUCUGAAUUAAUCUCAUGUCUCCUGGUGGUUGAGCAACAUAAUACCCUUUUAAUGAAAAAUCAUGAAGCUCGUCCCACUGGAUCUACACAAUUUUUUGAAGUGAAUAUGGUAGCAGCUACUCAAAAGUCUGAAAGAAGACAAAGUCAUUAUCGUGAUCGUGGCCGUGGCCAUAGUCGUGAACGUGGACAAGGACAUGGAAGGGGACGAAAUAAUUAUCGUCAUCAUGGCGGAAAUAAACAAGAAAAUAAUAAGGAUCCUCAAAAUAGUCCUUUGAAAAGCAGAGUUAAUAUUUGCCACAGGUGUAGUAUGAAAGGUCAUUGGGCUCGUGUUUGUCGUACACCUGACCAUUUUGUCAAACUUUAUCAAGCAUCCAAUAAAAGAAAAGAUAACAAUGUGGAAGCACACUUGACUUUUCAAAAUGAUGAUGAUAAAGCAGGCCCCUCAAACAAAUAUGAUGAUGCUGAGGCAAAUCUUGCAUAUAAAGAUGAUGAUUUUGGAGGCCUUGCAAGUAUUACUCAUUUAGAAGCUGAAGACUUCUUUGAUGAUAUUGACUGA